AUGUUCAAAUCACUCCUCCGUCCCCUCAACAGAUACCCAGUCCGAAUGGUGACUCGUAGUCAUCAUUUAUACUCCCGUUCCUUCCCACUCAUCCACGAAUUCAUAUCCCCCCAACCCUCAUACCUGCUCAAUCUCACCCUCGCCCCCCACCUCAGCACCCCACCACUCCCCACGCAACUCCCCACGUCUGGCGAGCUCCCACCUGGCCACCACAUGGUCUACUUCCCCCCGCAGCUCCCCGAAUCCGAACUCCUCCCUGAUGGCUCUGACGCCUCUCAAAACCCCGGCCCCGAGUGGGUACGCCGCAUGUGGGCUGGCGGGUCCGUCCACUUCCACCCCACCAAGAAAAUGGAACUAAUGGACCAUGCCGUGCUGCAAGAGAAAGUCGUCGACCUCCAAACACGCGGCAAACCUGGCAGCAAGGACGAGCGUAUGUUCGUCUACUUUGAGCGCAGCAUGUGGUCCGGCAAGCAGCCACUGCAGCCGUCAGAUUUAAUUGAAGGCGAAGCGGCUGUGGUUGAGAACCGAUGUCUCGUGUUCUUUCGGGGAGCGAAGGACGAGACUGCGGUUGCACGGGUUGUGAAACCACCGCAUGAGGCGGACUUCUCAUUGACCUUCAUGCCGACGCAACACCUACUAUUCCGCUUCUCGGCGCUGACAUUCAAUGCGCACAAGAUCCACUUCGACCCGCUGUUCACGCAACACAAAGAAAAGUACCCGGGGCUGCUGUGCCAUGGGCCGAUGUCGCUUGUGCUGCUGCUGGAGCUGUUGCGUGUUAAUGUGCUGGACACGGGGAAUGACAGGACAUGGCGGGUGAAGCAGUUUGAUUACCGCUGUUUGGCUCCUAUGUAUGUCGACCAGCCGUAUAAAAUCUGUGGCCGCAAGAUCAGCGACAAGACGUAUGAGCUGUGGGCAGAGACGCCGCAGGGCGGGUAUAGUGUCAAGGGCAUGGCCAUGCUGGAAGAGGAAACUUCAUGA